AUGCUCACAUGGGUUGGUUCUCAUCUCAAAUGGAGAAAGAAUAGCUGGGACCGGUCAUCUGAGCCAUUCUCUGCUCGGUUUAUCUUUGAAGCUAUUGAUAUGUGGUAUUUGGCUUCUGGUGGUUCGCUGCUGGUGCUCGCAGCCCAUACUGUAGUGGCACAGUCUUUCACUCCUCGCUCAUGGGACGAUGCAUAUGCUCUGGCCCAAGCCAAAGUAGCUCAGAUGACAAUCGACGAAAAAGUUGGCGUCGUCACCGGCCAAGGCCAAUUCUCUAGUCGCUGCAUCGGAAAUACCCAUGCUGUUGAACGUCUGGGUAUUCCCGCGUUUUGCAUGAACGAUGGUCCUGCGGGGAUCCGCGCCGUAAAGAAUGUCACGGGCUUUCCCACAGGAAUAAAUGCUGCCUCGACCUUCAGCCGCCGUCUCAUGCGGGCCCGUGGAAAGGCCAUCGGAGAAGAGUUCCGCGGCAAAGGCAUCCACAUAUUUUUGGGACCUGCAAUGGACAUUAUGCGCUCUCCGAAAUCUGGACGAGCUUGGGAAAGCUUUGGGCCCGACCCAUACCUUAAUGGAGAAGGUGCAUAUGAGACUAUUAUGGGUGUUCAGGGUGCCGGUGUAACUGCAUGUGCCAAGCACCUUAUUGGCAAUAACCAGGAGCACUAUCGUUACACGUAUUCUAGCGACAUUGACGAUCGCACUUUGCAUGAAGUCUACUGGUAUCCAUUCCUGCGAUCGAUCGACGCUGAUCCCGGAGCGGUUAUGUGCGCAUACAACCGCAAUAACGGGACUUACUCGUGCGGAGAUCCAGCACUUUUGGGUCCUAAUGGCUUGCUUCGUAAGGAGAGCAAUUUCAGGGGAUUGGUUAUGAGUGACUGGGGUGCGACUCAUGACAACGCGGCUACAUACGCCAAUGCUGGUCUCGAUAUGGAGCAACCUGGAGACUGGAUUUUGAUUGGUGGAGGCAUCUAUGGAAAUGGCUUGAAGAAUGCUGUAAACAACGGCAGCGUCAAUACCACACGUCUUGAUGAGAUGGUAGCCCGCUCAAUCGCACCAUGGCAAGCUGACUCUGGGUUCCCUGAGACCAGCUUUGAUGCGCAGAAACCUGACGGCUCUGGGUCCCUCAACUUGAAUGUCAACGUUCGUACCGCCGAACAUACCGCUCUUGUCAAGGAAAUUGCAUCUGCAUCAGCCGUUCUGCUCAAGAACUCGCGUACCGGUACUUCCGGUCGUGGACUUCCUCUAGCUCUCCCCAAAAGUAUCGCUAUCAUUGGACAGGACGCAAAGAAGGGUUCGACCGAUUGCCGAUUGAACGAAUGCAAUGACGGAACAAUGAGCAUCGGCUGGGGAUCUGGCUCGAACUCGCUCGAUUUCCUUAUUCCUCCGUAUGAUGCUUUUGUUUCUCGAGUUGCAGCCCAGGGGAACAAGACGACCAUCAGCGCAUCUCUUUCGAACGAUAUUGACGCAGGGGUUGCUGCUGCGCGCGGAAAGGAUGUUGCUGUUGUAUUUGCCAAUGCUAUGAGCGUGUUGGAAAUUUCGGUGACCGAAACGACCUCGACCUUUGGUACAAGGGCGGAUCUUUGGCAAGUUUUUGUAGGUGUCACUUAUGGACGAGAGCUUACCUUGUCACAGAUCGAAAGGGUUGCCGCCGUGAACAACAAUACGAUUGUCGUUAUCCACUCGGUCGGUCCAGUGAUUAUGAACUGGGUCAGCCACCCCAAUAUCACCGGUCUUAUUUACGCUGGUGCUCCCGGCGAGCAGACGGGUCCCUCCAUUGUAGACGUUGUGUACGGUGACUAUAACCCACAAGGACGCCUUCCAUUCGCAGUUGGCAAGAGUGAAACAGACUACAAUACCAAUAUUCUUUAUAACUCGCUCCCUAAUCCUACUAUCUCGUAUACCGAGAAGCUUUUGCUCGACUACAAGUAUAUGGCAUCCGCUGGAAUCACUCCGCUCUUCGACUUCGGCUACGGUUUGACAUACGGUGGCAAGUUUGACUAUUCUGGUCUAUCUAUUACGUCCACCAGCACCGGCUACACCGUCACGUUCAAAGUUACCAACUCGGGCACGCAAAAAGCCACCGAGAUUGCUCAGCUCUAUCUUGGCUUCCCGGCCUCCGCUGGAGAACCCCCCAAGAACCUUCGUGGGUUUGAGGAGGUGCCAUUGGAAGUCGGUGCUUCUUCGACUGUCACGUUGAAGCUUUCGACUCGUGAAAUCAGCGUUUGGGAUACUCCAUCCCGAUCCUGGAAGCGUCCGACCGGAACUUUUACCGCUUAUGUUGGUUCCUCCCACAGUGACAUUCGUCUGCAAGGCACUUUCUGA